AUGCACAGCAUCAGAAUCUUCUAGAUACAAGUUUCACUGCUUCUCUGCUCCCUCCUGCUGUCCCCUAUGGAUGCCACUUUAUAUGAAAACAAGACAAAUGUUCUGAACCUUUCCUCAUCCUCAGGAGCCUGGCCACCUUUCUCAGAGCCCUUGUGCUGUCAGGCCCUGCUCCCACAGUCCCUGCCUGGCUUCACCCACAUGGUCCCUCUACCCAAGUUCCUGGUAGGUCUGCCACUAAUGAUUGCCUUGGAGGAAAUUGGCUGCUAUGCUGAUAUCUGGGCCCUGAAGCUUCAACUCUUACCACCAGAGGUAUAAAAACUACAGUUUCUCAUCCAACAUCUUCAAGGGCUCCAGAAAGACAGAAACACAGGGAGGAGAGUGUCAGUGGGUGCCCUGGCCUCUACUCUGCAGCUAUUGGCCGUGGGGCAGCCAGGCCCAGAAAGGGCCCAAUGCUCCCUCCCUAUCAAGGACUGUGAGCUCGAAUAGGAACAAAGUGUGCACCAGAUCGUCCAGAUGUUGCCGGGGACAGAAACUUACUACAACGUGGGCACAGUUUUGUAUUAUGCUGCUCAGAACUGCUUGGACAAAGCCAAGGAACAAGGCCAAGAUGGGGUCAUAAAUCUGGGUUAUGCCCUUCUGGUGACCAUGGCUGGACUGACAGGGCCCACAGGACUUCUGUUCAGCACUGUGCUUAAACCUGCAGUGAAGGAUGGGGUCCAACAGUUGAUCCAGUACUACAGUGAGAGAAAGGCCAACACCCCUCCUGCUGAGACAAGCAACAAGGGAUUGGGGGCCUCAGAUGUGAGUGACUGGGAAGAAACUACCCUGGCCCCCUUGGUGUCAGAUGUGGGGUCUUCAGCUCCUUCCUGGGGAUAGGCCUUUUUCAAGGGCUAAGACUUAGGUCCUGGGAAAGGGAGUCUUGGGAUAUAA